ACUAUUGCACAAGAUGGCGACUUACUCAAAGAAAAAACGUGUUGACUUGGAGGAAAAGGAGUCCGAUUCCAGUGAUGAUAACGACGAAAUGGAAAAUGAUGACAUUGGAGAUGAUAAAGAUGAAGAUUGUGAUUCUUCUGAUGAAGAAAUAAAUGAGGAAGUUCAGAUAGAAUUUGAAGCGUUUCCUCCUCAAGAUAAUGACUUUCAUGGCAUCAAGCGACUGUUGCAGCAUCUUUUUUCAAAGACCAAAGUGAAUACCAGUCAACUUACUGAUCUGAUACUAUCCCAGAAUCAUGUUGGUUGUGUAUUAAAGCAAAGUGAUGCUCAGCUUGCAGAAGAGAGUGACUCUGAUGAUAACGAUGAUGAUGAUGUAUUUGGAUUUACCACAGUGCUGAACAUUAUUGAGAAGAAGAACACUGAAUGCAUCCAAGAAAUCCACAAGCUUAUAGUGGAUAAAUGUUCAGCCUGCAACUCAGCUGCACAGGUCGACGAACUGUCCAGGAUUCUUGGGGACGAGUCACACAAUGUCGGUCUUCUGCUGUGUGAGCGCUUUGUUAACAUACCUCAUCAGCUCGCUCCUCCUCUUCACAAUAGUCUCCAGAGUGACAUCAGAAGAGCAGGAGCUAAAAACCCUCAUCUGAAGUUUGACUACUAUCUCCUAAUGAGCAGAGCGUAUCAGCAGCCCAAACUCCCAUCCAAGAAGAAAAAGACUCAAGACGAAGACAGCAUAGACUGGAUUUUCACCAAUGCUGAAGAUGAAAUCUUUCUCAAGGAGUCUUGUCUUAACCUGCACUACCCCAGCCAAAUGGACCAGGCUGGAGCAGUGGGUGGGAAGUGGGAAGAAGACGACGCAGAAAUGAAAACCUUCCGAGUCGUCAUGGUUGUACCUGCAAGCAAAAUGAACAAUAUCCUCACAGAGAUACAAGAAGUGUUUGCUGUGUGAUGCGACUGAUAGAAAGACAAUCAAUAGAUCAUAGACAGAUUACUCCUUUUUUCUUAGAAAAUGCUUUGAAGAAAUUUCUUGGAUGCCACACGGUUGUUGCCAUCUUGGAAGGUGUGCACCUCUUUCUCUUCACACUUUGAUGCGCUACUUUUGAAAAGAAAAGGAGGUCAUAUUACAGCAUUCAACUGACAAAAACAUUUCUUUUUAUCUUGCUCUGAAAUUCCUGAUGUUAAAUGAUGCUCAUGUAGGUUAAUUUACCAAGAGGGGAGAUUACCAGUACAUAUUGGUCUUAAAAGUGUAAGAUAUCACAUUUUCCAUCUGUUCCCUUUGACAGUGCUAAUUGCAUCAUGCCAAAUGCCUUGCUUUUUUCCUUUCUGUUAUGAUUUCCUAAUUGACCAUUGAUUUUUUUACUCUAAUCAAUCCUUGUAUCCCCUUAGAUGACUUAAUAUCAAGUAUGGAGACAUUUCCUCCCUUUCUUUUAUUUAGUUUAAAGCCUAUCUGCACUAGUUUAGCCAGGAGGGAUUAGACCUCCCUGCAUGGUUACAGGCAGGUGGUUGUCUCAUCAAAU